AUGCAAGAGACGGCGCUGGCCAAGCUGCUCCGCAGCGAAUCUUUGGCGGCAGUGCUGCGUUGGCACGAGCAGGGUCAGAAGAGGCUCUCGAUUGGCCUCGAACUGGAGUGCUUCCUUCCUGACCUGGGCGCCCUGGUGCCCGAUCGUCUGGUCAGCAAUAUGGGGCUCGUGUUGAGCGCGAGGUGUGAGGUGUCCGGAGUUGCGGCUUUCGGCAUCUUGCAGCUAAGGCUCUUCCGGUUGGUGGCCCGGGUCCUCUCGGAGCGUGUGGCCGAGCUCGGUGCGGAGAAGUGCCGCUCUGGAGGUCCAGGCCUGGUCUCCGCCGAGGCCUGCGACUGGGGCCGACUCUGGACGACCACGGCGGACGGCUCCAUUCAGCCCCAGGGACAAAAUCCCUUCCCGGUGGAGCUGGUGUCGAAGAGGAUGGGCUUCCAGGAGUUCGACGUCACCCUGUUCUGUGACAUGGCACAUGCCCUGCGCCGACCGCCCUUGUGUGCAGCAACCAACGAAUCCACAGGUGUGCACGUACACCUUGGCUGCUACCCGAGCUUCUUCUCUGUGGAGGAGGUGGCCGCUAUCAUGAAGGUUUAUUUGCGCUUUGAGCCCACCAUCAAUGAGCUUUUGCUGCCGGUGACGCGUCAGCGCAACCGCUUCUGCAGGGAUCUGCGAGAGGUUCUGGGGCGGGCCCAGGGGUUGGGGCCUGGGGCCUCGGACGAAGCGCUUUUUGCGAAGAUCGACGCUGCGGUGGCCUUCGUUCGCACUUUAAGCCCCGAGGCUCGGGCCGCCUGCCUGGAGGGUUCCCAAGUGCGGCUCAAGAAGGAUGAACUGCUUGUGUCGCUUUUGGAAGCGGGCGGUCUCUUCCGGCUCAAGCGACCUUUGCAGGCUUCGCAGACUGGACAGAGUGAGCAGAGGCAAAGUCUGCUGCUCCCCGCCGGAUUGGCUCUUGUGGAGCUGUCCUUGGCAAGCGGCCAGCUGCUGUGGAGGCCCCCGACUUGUCAGGACCUCCAAGCUCUUUGGGGCAAAGAGGGCGAGGCUCAGACUCCGAGCAACGACGGCGACGGCCUCGCCGAGCCCCCAACGCCUUGGACGGCCUUGGAGAGCUUAAGCGACGAUGCCGAGGUGCUUCAUGCUUCCGUAAGCCAGACGACGGACUUGCUGAUCAUGGAGCGCCACGGUACACGCUAUUGCAAGCUGAACAUCAUGCGGAUUUCCCAGCCAAGCGAAAAGGCCACCAUCGAGUUCCGUCAAUUUCCAGGUGGUGACUUCAACCAGCCACUGCUGAUCUGGGGCUGGGUAAAGUUCCUAGGGCUGUUGGUGACCCAUGCCUGUGCUUGUGCACACAGCGGGACCGGCGCAGAGGUGCCAACAGAAGGCUCUGAAGAGGACAGUGGCUCACACUGA